AUGAAAUAAUCAUAAUUCUAACACUAAACUCAUAAACAAACCUAGAACCAAAUGGGAUACUCACCUGCUACCUAAAGGAGUAAGAUUAUCCAAUUAUAUCCCUAGCGUUGCCGACUUCUAAUCAGUUCAAUGAGGAAAUUUAACAUAGGAUAAAACUCAAAUAUCAAGAAUUAGGAUUGAAGUAGCCGUUGUAUCCACAAUAAACCUAAGUUUUAUCAUCAGAGAAAGGGAUCUACAAUUUCAGAAAAGUGUUUGAUCCAGUAAGAGAUGGUCGGCCUGAAUUCUAAUUGGAUCCAAGUAACAAUAUCAUUCUUAUUCUGAGAGUACUUGGAUCAACUCUAAGAUUACAAGAAAAAGUACUUAGCUCCAAGUAGAAAUUACGAUUUGUAAUACAGAAAUCCUGCUUUGAAGAUUAAGAAUCAUGACUUCUAUUUUUAAGAUUUCUACUUGAAUCUAUAUGAGUAGGAUAAGGAGGAGAUCUAUUUCAAUAAAUAUGGAAAGACUUUCGUUUAUCAAGAAUGA